UUUCUGCAAGGGCCGGGGAAGCUUAGCUUUGUAAGGGCUCACAGGGCACACAUCGCUAAGACGCGCGAUUGGCUUUUCUGGAGGUUGCCAACGGGCGAACUCAUAGGAUGGAAGUUCUGAACGGGGCAUCAACAAGAAGCGCCGGAAAUCGAGCAGCGACAGUUUGCGAAUCCACAGCGCAGAGUUUGGCCCCGAAUCUCUCAUGGACUCAGAUGUUUCGUUUUGCCAAGCUUCUUUGGAAUGCAACUAGACACGUGUGAAAUCCAUUUAGCUAGGAGACGUUUUCCUCGUCAUGUGGAGCGGACUUUGCUGAACAGCUGCGCCCGGGAGCAUUGCCCUUCCUGGUACUUGCGCCUGUCGCCCAAGAGGGUGCAGCCUUUCUCGGAAACCAACAACUUUCAGAGCCAUGCGGUGACCUUGGAAGAGUUGUGCAUGUGUUUGUGUGAGACGUGUUUGAUGUUUGUGAUCGUGAUGUUCAUGAUUGUGACUUGGAUGGCCUCCCGGAACGGUUGACACGGACAGCUCAAAUGCCAGUGACAGGAGUGUCAAGCUGACACUGAAGGUGAUGAUUGAUGCGCCCACGCCCGUGAACUCGCCUCAAUUCUGUUAAAAAAGCUGUCUGCACGGGCGACUCUAUGCAAAACCCAUGAAUCCAAAACAAUACUUACCCAAUUUAGGUUAAGCAAAUCUUCGCGCAUUGCAAGUAACCUCCGGCAAGAGUCAAGAGUGUUAGAGCCUUGAUCUGCCACGGCGAGUUACCCCUGUCAAACGCAUGUCAGUUACGGGAAGCCGUUUUGGAUUGGCGGCCAGGCGGGUUGUGUCAACCAGACGCGUAGGCGCAGUCUGGCACCGUUCAGGGAACGACCAGGGCUUUGGGAGAGAUUGCCACACUGGAUUGGUGCACCUAGGUUUGCUAGAUGUGUAUCCAACUCGUGGUCUUCCAGAUCGGCCAAGCCCUGAAGGGCGUGGAAGUGACAGUGAUGGCCAUUGAAUUCAAAAGGCAUCCUUGCCAGCCCAGUACAUGGAGGCUGACCGCCAGAAAGGAAAUGGUGUGGCCAAGCAAGAAAAAAAGAGAGAUUGACGCAUGUGACGCAGUCAGUUGCUACGAAGCAUAGUUGCCCAAAUGAAUCUUUGUGCGGUGCUGACAGGCUCAUCGAAAAGACGUAGGCUGGAAGAGUUUAAUUGUGUCGCGAAGAGUUGCCUGAAAACGAGCAGCGACAGUUUGCGAAUCCCCAGCGCAGAGUUUUGCCCCGAAUCUCUCAUGGACUCAGAUGUUUCGUCUUGACUUUUGCUGAACAGACGCGCUCGUGACCAUGGCCUCUGGUAUUAUCUGGGCCGAUCGCUCAAGCAGACUUAUUGCUGCCUUUCUGGGAGCCAAGCACAACUUUCGGAGGGGCAUUUGAAGACUGUUUGUGUUUGCGACGUGUUUGAUGUAACUCACUGAUGUUUCUGAUAACGGCCUCCAGGAACGGUUGACACCGACAGCGACAGGAACGCUAAGCCAGCUGAUGGCUGCGAACUCGCCUCAAAAAGCUGUCUGAACGGGAGAACUCCAUGCAGAGCCCUAUGCAUCCUAAAUAGUACAUGCCCGUAUUUCUGACUCGCCUCGGGCCAGAAGAGGAGGUGCAGUUGAAGACCAUGGAGUCUUCGAGGCCAACAACGACGGGGAGGCCAACAUGGCCACGGUAUCUCCACCGGACAGCUACUGGCGAGGUGCGGCCGUUGGAAGACCUGGAUGACCUCUUCGAGGCCGACGACGAUGGGGAGGCCAACAUGGCCACGGUAUCUCGGUCAUGUGUCAGCUUAAGGCUUCGAUUCCUCUAUUUUCCGUUUCGGGAACACAGUGGCCAAUGGUUGGUGGACGUCGACCAAACGCUCCGGCAAACCCAGCACAAUUGAAAUGG